AUGAUUCCCAGAUGGCAUGAAAUGCUAUUACUAAUUCUCUUGCUCUCUACGCUGUCCAAACAGCAAGAUGAUCUUCCUAUAGAAGAAAAUCCUAUAUAUCCUCCACAUGGCUGCGAAAAUUAUGGUCUAUGCCUUGCACCGGAAACAUUGACUGAUGAGGAAACACUUUCGUCGUACUAUUCGUGCCCAUUAGGUGGCUGUGUGUGCAAUCCAGGAACCACAGGAGAGACUUGUGAAACAGUGAUUCCUAAAUGUACACCUAAUCCAUGUCCGACAACAAAUGGAUCUAAAUACAGUUGUGUGGAGGGUAUACAGAAUUACACUUGCGUGUGUCAGCCAGGCUACACAGGACAGAACUGUACAAUCGGUGGCUCACCUGUGAGUGAUGGAUGUUUCGCAACGAAUGCGGCUCUAGCUGAUACGUCAAACUACAAGAACUUCACUGAUCCAAAAAUGACUGUGACUAAAUGCAAGAAUUUACUAACGUCGACAUUUGAUCCCGUAUAUACCGUGUUCACGGUGGCCGGCACGAGCUGUUAUCUCUCAACCGUAUCGUACCUAAAUGUGACUGGCAAUAAUGGACUCUGCAAGACUAAGUGCAGUGGAGAUGGGAAUGAAGAGUGCGGUAAUAGCAAGAAUGCCCUGGUGUAUAUUUACGACACAGUAGUCCAAGAUCCCAACGCAUGCGACAAUCGCACCCUGUGCAAUGCCGAUCUUGACCGUGGUGUAUGUGUGGACAUGGCCCCUGACAAUAACAAUUUUUCGUGCAAAUGUAAUCCCCAGUAUACGGGAACCAACUGCGAAACACCGAUAUCCGGACCAUGUGACAGCAACCCGUGCUUGAAUGAUGGAAUAUGCAAACCUGAUCUUGUCUUGAAGACUUACACAUGCGAAUGUGCGGCAGGGUACUGCGGGAAAAAAUGCGAAUUUGCACUUCAAUGUGGCACAAACCCUUGUUUGCAUGGUGGAACAUGCGUCGAGAAUUACGACGGCACCUACAAGUGCAAUUGUCUGGAUUUUUAUAGCGGGAAGAACUGCCAAGAAAUUGUUACUUGUGCAUACAACAAUAAAUGCGAGAAUGGAAGCUGUAACUCGAUCGCAAAUGGCAUUGUGCCUGGCAGUACCUGCACGUGCAUUCCUGGGUAUACAGGAGUUUUCUGCGAUGAAAAUAUCAACGAUUGCGUUCCAAAUCCAUGCAAGUGGGGAACUUGCGAAGACGCGUACAUGGACUACAAUUGUACAUGUGUGCCUGGCGCAACUGGAAAGAAUUGUAGUAUCGAUAUUCCCGACUGUGUCACUUACAACCAGACCGUCAAUGGUGUUACGAAAACCUAUGAAAAUCGUUGCAAGACAAAAGAUAAAGACGCGAAAUGUGAAGAUGAGCUUGCGUCGUUUUCAUGCAAUUGUUCAUCAAUGUAUACUGGAGAAUUUUGUGAUCUCAAUGUAAUCAUCAAAGAUGUGCUGUUGGCAGUAUACGGUAUUGUCAAUUUGGAAAUGAUACCUAUGCUGGAAGAUCUGCUGAAAAACCCGUCACAGAUCAAAGACAUGGUUCCUUUCAUCGUUGGUUUGCAAGAGGACGAAAAUCGCACUUCUUUAAGUUGGGAUUAUUCGGAUAUGUUCCUCUGGGCUGCAUUUGAGGAAAAAAUAUUAGACCUUGACAAGAACGGCAACGAUACAGUAAAAUUGCUACUAACAGUACUCGAUGAUAUUCAUAAAUAUGCAUAUGAUUUCUUACAUAGGCGUGAUCUCCACAAGUGGAAUGAUGUUGUGCUCGGCAAUUGCUUUACCUUCAAUCAUCGUGCAAGCACUCUAGAUUAUAAUAUGAGAUCGUCCGGCAUCCAAGGAGGGUUGCAAGUGUUCAUGAAAUUGAAUACGGAUGAGUAUCUGCCCUGGUAUGAUACAGCAUCUAUGCUUGUUUUCGUAACAAACGAAGAUGAGUACGUGUUCUCAGAAUCUGUACGUUAUAACGCGCAGCCAGCUGGUGAAACACUGAUCUUGGUUCGAAACACUAAAUAUGGUCGCCUUGGAGGAAAAUACGGGAAUUGUGUACAAAAACCCUCUGAAGUGAAAGCAUACUAUUACGAUGGAAUGUACACCACUGAUGGAUGCCUUCGCUCCUGCUAUCAAGAUAUGAUUUACAGUUUAUGCGGAUGUAUGGAUCCACGAUAUCCGGUAGCACCAAACACGUCCACAUGUGAACUCGUCCAAAGACCAUGUAUUGACGAAGCCGUAGAAGUUAGUGGAGAUCCAUCGGAGUGGGAAUCGUGCAAGUGUCCGUUGCCUUGCCACAAUCAACAGUAUUCUGUGGAAUGGCAUCGUACAAAAUCGCCUUUGGUACCGACGAGUUGUUCCCAAUAUUCUGGUCUGAAUAGCGACAAAUGUAGAGGAGAAUAUGAAGAUAGUGCACUCAUCACUGUAACUUUGCCCCGGCUAGAAUAUCAGGUUUUUGCAGAAGUUCCUGAUAUGGACAUCAACCGUUUCAUAUCCAACCUGGGAGGACUGCUGGGUGUUCUCAUGGGAGUUUGCAUUCUCUCGUUCAUAGAAGUGGCUGUACUGGCCUUCCAUUUAAUUGUGAUUUUGUGCUCGAAGAAAUGA